AAAAGAAAACUUUCGAUUUUCACUGAAAAUCACACUGAGGCGGAGAUGGGAUCAGGGAGAAACGAUUCGGGCGGGUCAGGCAACCCAGGUCCAAGUGGGGAGUCGGAUCACUCAGCCACGGUCGAGCCGCGGCGGUUCCCACUUGCAGCUCAACCAGAGAUAAUGAGAGCGGCGGAGAAAGACGACCAAUACGCUUCCUUCGUCUACGACGCCUGCCGCGACGCGUUCCGCCACCUUUUUGGUACCAGAGUUGCAGUAGCUUAUCAGAACGAGACCAAACUCCUAGGUCAAAUGCUUUACUAUGUUUUAACAACAGGUUCCGGGCAGCAAACACUAGGAGAAGAAUACUGUGACAUCACUCAGGUCGCUGGAGCUCAUGGCCUUUCCCCAACACCUGCUAGACGUGCUCUCUUCAUUGUGUAUCAGACUGCGGUUCCUUACAUCGCGGAAAGAAUCAGCUCCAGGAUAGCGUCUCGUGGUAUAACCCUUGCUGACUUGCAGUCUGAUGAGUUCUAUAGUAACAUUGGCUCUGAGAGGAGUCAAGUUGAGUCGUCCACGGGGAUUGAGAUUGCCUUACCCUCAGACUCUACUGCACCGGUUUCUGGACUGUCUAGAUUGAAAGAAAAAUUGCAUGGAAUGUGGUUGCACGCAGUUCAGAGAUGGCCAGCAUGCUGUUGCAUACAGAUGCUACCUAUAGCUCGUGAAUUCUUGCAAUGGGCUCUUCGUGCAAACCUUAUGUUCUUCUACUUCGAAGGUCUCUAUUAUCAUAUAUCCAAACGUGCGUCUGGCAUUCGCUACGUGUUCAUUGGGAAGCCAUCAAAUCAAAGACCCAGGUACCAAAUCCUGGGGAUUUUCCUCUUAAUUCAGCUAUGCAUCGUUGCUGCCGAAGGUCUGCGACGCAGCAACUUAUCUUCAAUUACAAGCUCAAUUCAUCAGACCUCAUUGGGGUCCCAUCAAAACCCAUCAGGACAAGGUUUGCCUGUUUUAAACGAAGAAGGCAACUUGAUACCAAUGGAGGCUGACCGGGGUACAUGGGUCGGUGAAUCAACUUCAGAGUCAACAGCUGUUGUUAGCAAGUGCACCUUAUGCCUAAGCAAUCGACAACACCCGACAGCUACACCAUGCGGUCAUGUAUUCUGCUGGAACUGCAUCAUGGAAUGGUGCAACGAAAAGCUCGAAUGCCCGCUAUGCCGUACGCCCAUAACUCAUUCAAGUCUAGUUUGUUUAUAUCAUUCGGAUUUCUAGCUUUUGAUUACGACUGCUGCUAAAGUGAACACCUUGGAAGUGAGCAUAUUCAUAACAACUCACGUAUCCUCCUGCAUUUUGCUGGUGAAAAUGUAUACAAAAGAAAAGGAUUAGUGUGUGCGAUUGG